AUGGCCCGAGGUGGGUCGGAGGCCCCCGAGGGGACCCAGGCGCCGGGGGGCGGACAGUCCGUCCCCCACAUCAUUGUGGAUGACGAGGACAGCGCCCCUCGUGAGGAUUCAGCCCCCGUGGGCCCUCAAGAGGGGGAGAAGGCGUCGGGGGCCGAGCCCGAGGAGCCACCUCAGCCGGUAGUGCCGGAGAGUCUGGCCGAGCCGUCCCCAUCGUCCGGGGCGGGUACCGGUGCCCUGGUGGGGGCGUCGCAGGCCGAGACCACCAUGGUGCCCCCUACGCCGUCGGCAGGCGAGGCGGGGGUCCGACCGACGGCCCCUAGCGCCGCGGGAGACCCCCAAGGAGCUCCGAGCUCUCAUAAGAAGUCUGCUCCCCGAGCGAGCCGUAAGCAAAAGGCGCCUUCGGUGGCGCUGGCCCCCCUGAAGGCUGUGAAGAGGGGGGCUCAGUUGACUCCCGAGUCGGCUAGGCCCGUGUCACCGCCGCCUCCGGGCUACGAGGAGGGAGGGCGCCACCAGGGGCAAGACACGGGGGCGCCGAAGCCCCAAGGACCAGAGGAGACGGCCCUUGCCUCCGGGGCUGUGCCUCCCCCGGAGGAUGCUGAUCUGGGAGGUGCGGGUCUGGACGCGUGUGUGCGUGCCGGUGUCGAGGCCCUCAACCGAGCUUCUCAGCUCGUGGCCCGUGAUAUGUACAAUCUGGCUCAGGCGCUCAAGGCCACCUCCCUGGAGAAGUCAGUAUUUCUCCAUCGGGAAAGGGAUGCUUGGGCGUCCUUUGAGAACGAGAGGGCCGCCAGGGAGGCGGCUGAGGGAGAGCUCGUGAAGGAGUUCUGUGAGGGCUACGUUCUCCCGGAUGACGAGACUGAGGCCCAGGAGGAGGUGCAGAGGCUUGAGGACGCCGCGACUGUCCCUGGAGACGCCUUGGCCGCCUUCUUCGAUGAUGAGGUGGAGCUUCCUCCCCUCAGGGCUCAAGGACCUGGGCAGACAGGGCAGUAG